UGGUAGAGGAAAAAUAAUAAAAAUGAUGUUGCUCAAAAAUUGUUUUUUGAGGAUAAUCAAGGAUUUUCAACAGAAGAAAUUAAUGCCUCUUAAACUCAUAUUUUUUGUCCAAAGUUCAACUCUAUUUAUACUGUAUCCCUAUCUUACUAUACACAUGAGAGAAUUAGGAAUUAACGUAGAAGAAACUGCUAUUAUGAGUGCGAUUAUUCCAGUUGUGGGAAUAAUAAUGCCUCCGGUAUCAGGAAUGAUAGCUGAUCGAAUCGGAAAUUUUAAGAUCCUCCUCUCGCUAUUCUCAGCUCUUGGUGGUACCGCGGCACUCCUGCUGCUUCUUGUCCCAGUCGGUCGUGUGAAUAUCCAAUUCCCGGACAACGUCAUCCUCGGGGUGAGUUGUGACAGCUCCGGCAACUCCGUGUAUACCAUGAGCCAGAGCCAUCCUUGCGACACCAUCCCGAGCCCCAAUAUCAAUGCUACUUUGCAGAGUUGCGGCUAUGCGUGCCCAGUAAACUUGCUAAACGAAACUGAAUUUAAGUCCAUUUUAACGUCUCAAAAUUAUAAAUUUAACGUUUAUAAUCCGAAGACAUCAAAAAACGUAACGUAUAAUUACACAAUCGCGGAAAGCGACAUGCCGGAGAUAUUUAAACGUCAAAUGGAUGCCAGGGAGGCUCGAAAAUUGAAAAAUUUAGAAUUUUACAAUUCUGCCAUACGGCGAUUUACAAAAAAUGUUCUAUUCUUUCCAGUACGUAAUGCACAACUUUCUGAACUAGAUUGUAAUGUAGUAAAUACAAAAAACAACGAAAAUUUAAUGGUCUGUGGAUACGAGUCACUCUUAUUAAAGGUUAAGCAACGUGUAAUCAGUUUUAAAGCUGCAUUGACGGCGAUGAAAAUGUCGGACGCGGAUGUAGCGGAGAAUCGGCUCAGGUACCUGGAGCACAAUGUCAAAUGGCCGGAUCUAGGCAAUAAAUCUACGAGGUGCGCUACACGGGAGCACGAUUCCGAGUUAGUGAGCGUUGAGGUCGAGCUCAGGAACGAGACAACCGAGGAACCCUACGACGUUUUCAGAACCGAAGGCUGCAGCAGAACCUGCAUACUAACGACACUUAGGAAAGAUAUAUGCACCAACAACAAGAUGCAGGUCGAGUACAACGUAAAGCUGACUUUUUGGUCUUAUCUCGUUGUUCGAGUAUUUAUCGGGAUGAUCGGAGGAACGGCGUUCGCCAUGUUUGAGGGUGCGGUCAUCGCGAUACUUCGUGAGCAUAAGGCUGAUUAUGGUUUGCAGAGAAUUUAUGGAAGUAUUGGCGGAAUGAUAUCUUCGCCUCUUUCCGGUAUGUUGAUCGACUAUGCAAGUAACCUACAAGGAUACCCGGAUUUUAGACCAGCAUUUUAUCUGUAUGCCGCUCUGAAGAUAUUCUCAAGUGUUCUCAUGCUGUGGAUAGAUUUGGAAUUCAAAGCACCAGCUUCGAAUGUUUUUAGCGAUGUCGUCUCGGUAUUGAAAAAUGUUGAAAUAGCCGCACUAUUGGCCGCCUGCUUCGUUUUAGGAACAGCAUGGGGGUACAUUGAAUCGUUUCUGUUUUGGCUUCUCGAGGAUUUGGGUGCGUCAAGAUCUCUUAUGGGCAUUACGAUAACAGUCGGUGGUAUAGCUGGAAUUCCAUUAUUGGUUUUAUCUGGACCAAUUAUAAAUAAAAUAGGACAUGCUAAUGUCAUAUUUAUCGGUUUUAUCUUCUAUGCUAUUCGACUUUUGGGAUAUUCGUUAAUUUACAAUCCUUGGCUCUGUUUAAUUUUCGAAGCAUUAGAAUCUGUGACAUCUUCUUUAAGUUUUACUGCAGCUGUCACUUAUGCCGCGAAACUUUCUACUACGACUACAGAUAGUUCUAUUCAGGGAUUAUUAGGCGGACUUUAUUAUGGAGUCGGCAAAGGAUCGGGAAGCCUAAUUGGUGGAUAUUUAAUGAAAGCCUUUGGUACUCGACCAACAUAUCAAAUUUUUGCCGUGAUGUCUCUCGUUACUGGUUUGAUCUAUCUACUCUUCAACAUUACGUAUUUAAUGAAGCAGCCACAGGUAGAGGGCAACGACAUUGUGAAAAAAACACCGAAAACAAAGACUCAGCCAAGUAUUGCAAUCAGCGCAACUCAGAAUCUGGAAGAGAGUAAAGCACGAAAGGAAAAGAUCGCCCUGGAGACUCAACAAGAACCUUACAUCGUCGACGAUAUAGAGGCCAUUAACAAUGCCAAAAAUCUGGAUAUCAUUGAGAGCGCCCAGACCGAUAACUCCAUCGAAGCUGAUCAUAAGAAGGAUUUGGAGAAAAGUAACAAAGAUAACAAAAGCGGCGUAAGACAGAGACAUACGCAACAGAAUGGUUUGGUGAAUCCUGCCUUUGAAGCGGAUUUUCAUCAAGGAUGCACAAUCACAGUAGAGGAAGAGCCAAAAUGUAAGAAGUGAUAUUUCGGCCUAUUCCAUA